CUCAAUGUCACUUCAUAAUUUGAAAUUUCAUUAAAAUGUCGUCCUCCUCGCUGCCGGUGCUUGUCCCUCGUCUAAUCGCUGGCCUAGAAACAAACGUGAAAGGAAACAUACACUUUCUAACCGACGAUGAAGUGAUUUAUCCUGUGGGAGCGGUGGUGACGGUCCACAAUCCCCACGUAAAAAAGCAGAAAUUCAUUAAGUUGAGCGAUAAGGGCAAGAAUUUGACUCAUAUCGCCCUUAGUCCCGACAAAAAGCUGAUCGCGAUAGUCGAAACCACCGAUAAGUACCCAAUAGCGACCCUCUGGGACUCGGAGACCUUUAGGAAAAAACGCACGCUCACUUUACCAACCGAUAAAGAGAUUAUCGCGUCCAGAUAUGUCGCGGUUGACUUCACCUAUAAUUCGAAAAAUAUCAUUUUGGUCACCGGCGAACCCGACUGGAGUUUAUAUUCUUUUAAAUGCGACAAGGGCCGCUUGGAAAGCUUCGCUAGGGCCAACAAUAACAACAAUACUGGAACUGUAAUGCAGAUCGCUUGCAAUCCAAACGACCAGAACCAAAUUGCCCUAGUGGGAGAUUUGGUGUUACGAUGCCUGGGCUGUGUAGACUACGCGUGGCGACAAUACGGUUACAACAAGUUCGACGGGGCGACUUACACCAGCUGCUGCUGGUUGUCGCAGGACCGCCUCAUGGUCGGCAGCAACAAAGGGAAACUUUUAAUUUUGGAAACGGGCGAAAUCAGGGCCGUGUUUCACGCCAUGGAUUUGCCCGUCAUCAAUAUGAAGCUGAAGGACGAGUUAGAGCAAGGUUCCCAGACCAGUCUUAAGUCACCCUCAGACAGUGUCCAAUUCAUUGAAGACGACGAUGAAAACUACGAAAUUCGAUCGAUUCAUAAUUUCCCAAGGGGAUUCGCUUUCGGAUUUAUGAAUGGGCGGAUUCAUUUGUACGAGAGGGACACACCUCACAAGUUCAGAAAGAGAUCCGUCCUACGAAUACCCAACAAAACGAUUUAUAGAGAAUACGACGACGGACCCAAAGAAAUUAAGACCACCAUUAACUGCAUAAUAGUAAAUGCCGCCCAGGACCGUCUCGUGGCCACGUGCAACGAAACCCAGAUCUACCACACCCGAAUUUGGCUUCAGCAAGAGUGUCCCUUGGGACAAGAGUUGCCCAUGUACGAAUUCGCUUAUCCGUUGCAUUUGGGCCCCAUUGGGAGCAUGUCCCUAUGUAGAUGGAAGCCUAUUUGUAUAUCCUCCGGCAAAAGAGAUCGUUCCCUAAAAAUCUGGAACUACGAAACAAACGAGCUGGAACUGGUGCAGAACUUCGAGGACGACAUAUACUCGGUGGCCCUCCAUCCCACGGGACUCUACUGCGUCAUCGGGUUCACCGAUAAGCUCCGCUACAUGACGAUCAUGAUCGACGACAUGAUCACCACUAAAGAGUUUAGCAUCAGGAGUUGUAAGUUGAGCAGUUUCAGUAGGAUGGGCCAUUUGUUCGCCAGCACCAACCGCACCAUUAUCCACAUUUAUUCGAGCAUCAGUUUCGAGCUGAUGUUUACUUUGAAGGGACAUAACGGAAAUAUCGAGUGUAUGUCCUGGAGCAAAGACGACCGUCAGUUGGCCACGUGCGGCUCAGAGGGUGCUGUGUAUGUUUGGGACGUGUGCGAAUCCUCACGGAUAUCGGAAACGAUCAUAAAAUCGAACCCUUUUACUGGGGUGGCGAUCACGCAGACCGGAAAAGAGGUUUAUGCUGUGGGUAAUGAUGGACACAUUAGGGAGCUGAUUAAUUCAAACGUUUACAGGGAUGUGGUACUGGUUCCUCCCGCUGCUGGUGGUCUGGACGCGGUCAUUUUGUCCCAGUUGGACUCCAUGCUGUUUGUGGCAGGAAACCAGGGUAGCAUCUAUAGCAUUAAGGUGCCUUUACUGGAAAAAGCUGAGUUCACCGAGUUUAUUAUGCAUAAAAGGACUAUAGUGCAGCUCCAUCUCUCGUAUGAUGACCGUUUCCUCAUAAGCGGUGCCGAAGACGGCUCAAUAUGCUUUUGGAAGCUGAUAAACACCGAAGAGAAAGCGAUCAAGCUAGACAAGGAAAUCUCUUCUUCCAGCGAAAUCCUGAUAUCCAGAGAGAUCCUCGAGGACAAAAUGGACCAGAUCAAAAACCUCCAUUUAAGACUGAAGGAAUUGGAGACGGAACACUCGUACCAGAUGAGGCAAAAUGACGCAUUGCACUCGCUAAAGAUGAGAGAUAUUCACUCGGAAUAUUGUCACGCCAUUGAGGAGCUAAAGAUUAAGAAUGAGCAAAUGGAAGGCGACCACAUCCAGGAGAUCAACAGCAUCAACAGUCAAAUAGCGAAAAUGAAGGCGGACCACGAACUGUUCGUGCAGAAACUGGAGGCGAGUUACAACGAGAAAUUGAUCGUGGAAUAUAAGAAAUUUAUGAGGUUUGAAGAAAAAAUGAAUCGCAUGCUAAAAGAACACGAGCAGAAUUUCGAGGCCUUAAAAAAAGCCAAAGCCGAGUCGGAAGAGUCGAUUACCAACUCGUUCUUGGAAAUAGUGAAGGACAAAGAUAACAAUAUCGAAGAGCUUAAAGAGAAAGUUGUGAAACUGAUAAAAGAACACGAGCUGAUCAAGCAACAGAUCGAGGACGAUUGCGACAGGGAAAUUUACGAACUGAAAUGCACCCACGAGAAGGACAUCAAAGAGGAACAGGAUCUGAACGUGAAAUUGAGAGGAGAGGCUGCUGUCAUUAAGAAGAAACUUUUAGCGACCCAAAAGGAAGCGGACGACUACAAGCAUCAAACCUACGUGCUGGAAAACGACCAUAUCAAGUUCAAAUCGAUAAUCAACGGUCUGGAAAAGGACAUAAUCGAUAUAAAGAAGGAAAUCACCGAACGGGACGCGACCAUCGAGGACAAAGAAAAGCGAAUUUUUCAAUUAAAAAGCAAAAACCAAGAGCUGGAAAAGUUCAAGUUUAUCCUGGACUUUAAGAUAAAAGAAUUAAAAUCGCAAAUAGAGCCGCGCGAACGCACCAUCCAGGAACAAGUGAUUCAGAUCAACGAGAUGGUGCGGGAACUGGAAAACCUUCAGAAGGUCAUUUUAAAUUUGGACACUCAGAUGGCCGAGGGUCGCGCCAAGUUGACGGCAUCGGUCAACGAAGUACGAAAAGAGAUGGAGAAGAACCGGGUGAUGAAGAAAGCACUACAAGCCAUCCGGAUGGAUAUCCAUCAUGCGAGCGGAUUUAUCCAGAACGUUCCGGUUUUACAGAAAGUUGUCAAGGAAAUGUAUCAUAAAUACAACGCAGACAAGGACUUUGAAGUGAGCCAAGCGGAGGACACCGAGGCAAAGAGUGAAUUUCUACGGCAACGUGAUUUCUUGGAAAGAACCGUGGCCACUUUACACGCUCAAGCGACCAAGAAUACCAGCACGUUAAGUUUCGAUAAGGUGCGCUUGGUGGAUGAGAACGCCACCCUACUGGUGGAAACUAAUCAGCUAAGGAAGAGUUUACAGAGUGAAAUUAACCAAAACAGGAAGUUGAACUCUAUUAUCGGGUUAUCGUAUGUCGCGCCUAAGGCUGCACAGAAGAAAGUGAAUCUGGCGGUGUCCACCAAUGAGGAGAUUCAUAAUAAAUAUAAAGAGACCAUAAAUAAAAACCGUAUUACAAUUGAAGCUUUAGUGGAGGAAAACGAGAGGUUACUAAACAAAAUCGCGGAAUCUGAAGAGUGGGAGAGCAGGUCCCUAGAGGAUGACGAAACCGACUCGAAAUAAUCUCAACAAAAUUGCCUUGAAUGUAUGCUAUAUAAUAUUAAGUUAUGAAAAUAAAUAUAUUUACUAUUAA